AACUAUAUCUUCAUGAUGGAUAAUUGCAAGAAAUCUCCCUUGAAACCAUGGAAGAAAGGCCCUACUAGAGGGAAAGGUGGUCCUCAAAAUGCAUCGUGUGAGUAUCGAGGCGUUCGUCAGAGAACUUGGGGAAAAUGGGUCGCCGAGAUAAGAGAGCCGAAGAAGAGAACUAGACUAUGGCUUGGUUCUUUUGCCACUGCUGAAGAAGCUGCUAUGGCUUAUGAUGAGGCUGCCAGGAGACUCUACGGACCAGACGCAUACCUUAACCUUCCGCACCUACAACCACACUCAAAUUCGCGUAUCAAAACUGGAAAGUUCAAGUGGUUGCCUUCUAAGAAUUUCAUUUCAAUGUUUCCAUCUUGUGGAUUACUUAAUGUUAAUGCUCAACCUAGUGUUCAUUUAAUCCAUCAGAGGCUACAAGAGUUUAAGCAGAAUGCAGUUGCAACAAGUCAAUCAUCACUUUCUAGCUCAUCUAAUGAUCCAAAGGCGGAAGAAAUUCAGAAUGUUGACGGCAAGAAGAAUCAUGCAGAAAAUCCUAUAAUGGAAAAAGAUACUCAAGCAUCAUCACCAAACAAGAUGGUUGGAGAUUUUCAGGAGAAACCACAGAUAGACCUCCAUGAGUUUCUUCAACAGAUGGGAAUACUGAAAGACGAUACUAACUCGGAACAAACUACUGAUAGCUCAGGAAGUUCAACAGUGCAUGAAGCUGUGUCAAGAGAUGAGAAUGAUCAAUUGGGAAUAUUUUCUGACAUGAGUAUUAAUUGGGAGGCGUUGAUUGAGAUGCAUGGAAUUGCAGGUACUCAGGAAUCAGAAGCCACUCAGCUUGAUGGGUAUGACCUGACUGACCAGCUUAAUUUCUCAACUUCCAUUUGGAAUUUUUAAAGAAACUUAGCUGGUUUUCAAGAAAAGAGAAACUACCUUAGCUAGCUUUUAUGGGGUUGAAAUCUAGUUAGAUAUGGUAGUAUUUAGUAACUCGGCCUAAGCUUUAGAUCAGACGGUUUUGGUUCUGCUAGUAUACUCAAUUGUUGUUUCUCUUAUGUGUGCCGAAUUUCAAUCUAUUGACAGAAAUGUAAGAGUAGGAGAGUAUCUAGGAAGGCACUUAUUCUAGUAGUUGUAGUGGAAUAAUAAUGUUAGUCUCUUUCACGCAAUAAUUUAACAAAUUUAAAGAUUUUGACAGUAUAACUUUAAAAGAACUUUAAAUUAAAAAUGACUUUAUAGGCAUCAUAUACUAUGUAUCGAAAAAUACAUAACAAGAGACCUAAAUGAUUCUGAAAGUAAUAUGGAGACAAUAAAUUUUCUUUUCUAAAGCAAAUGGUCUUGUCUUCUUUCUUCUAUAAAACAUCAACUUCCUUCAAUUUCGAAUAGUAAAAGAAAGAUUUAGGAAACCUUCACAGAUCUACAUCAUCAAAA